AUGCACAUGUAUAUACAGGUAUUGGUUGCAGGUUAUAUUAUUAUUAUUAUAUAUUAUUACGUGAAUAUAUGCAUAAGUAUAUACAGGUAUUGGUUGCAGGUUAUAUUACUAUAUAAAUAUAUGCACAUGUAUAUACAAGUCUUGGUUGCAGGUUAUAUUAUUACACACAUAUAUGCACAAGUAUAUACAGGCAUUGGUUGCAGGCUACAUUAUUAUAUGAAUAUAUGUAUAUACAGGUAUAGGUUGCAGGUUAUAUUAUUACAUGAAUAUAUGCAUAAGUAUCUACAGGUAUUGGUUGCAGGUAAUGGUUGCAGGUUAUAUUAUUACAUAAAUAUAUGCGCAUGUAUAUACAGGUAUUGGUUGCAGGCUAUAUUAUUACAUGAAUAUAUGCAUAAGUAUAUACAGGUAUUGGUUGCAGGUUAUAUUAUUACAUGA